AUGGCUUCUUUUGAUUUCACCCUUACCACUACUGUGAUACGUCUUUCCGUGUGCGUUCAGCUCAACCUUCCUGAGUCUGACUCGAACUGGGCUAUAUACGCACAAGUAGUGAAAUUUAUAUUUAAAAUAGGUCGAUUUGUUUUUACGUGAAGUGUAGACAUUUGUAUUUUUUCUAAAAACAGCUACAAGUAUGGGCGGAAAAAAUAAACAGAGAACCAAAGGAAAUGUCCGGCCUUCCAGCAGUGGCAGAGCUGCAGAGCUGCUUGCAAGAGAACGGGGUGCAGUGCCUGGGUUUGUUGGAUUUGGCUCAUCAUCACAUGACCUGGGAUAUGUUCCUGCAGUCUACGGGACAGAUGAAAUGGACAAUCUUGUAGAUGCAGAUUUCCGUAUGGUUUUACGGAAACUUUCUAAAAGAGACACAAUUACAAAAUUAAAGGCAGUACAAGAAUUUGGUACAAUGUGUACAGAAAGAGAGUCAGAGAUUGUUAAAGGGGUUCUUCCUUACUGGCCAAGAAUAUACUGUAAAAUCUCAAUGGACCAUGACCGUCGUGUUCGUGAGGCAACUGGACAGGCCUUUGAGCAGCUUAUUCUUAAAGUAAAGAGGAAUCUGGCGCCUUACUUAAAAAGCAUUAUGGGAUACUGGCUGAUAGCUCAGUGUGACACUUACUCACCUGUAGCAUCAGCUGCAAAUGUAGCAUUUCAAGCUGCUUUUCCUACAAGUAAACAGCCAGAGGCUCUUGCAUUUUGCAAGGAAGAGAUUCUCAAUAUUCUUCAAGAUAAUCUUUUAAAGGAAACUCCAGAGACACUCAGUGACCCUCAAAGUGUCCCAGAGGAAGAGAGAGAAGCCAAAUAUGUGAGGGUUGUUACUUGCUCCCUGCUGGCUUUGAAGAAGCUACUGACAUUGCUGCCUGGGCCUGAGAUUGACACACUGGAAGAAAACCUUACACAGCUCAUAUCCCAAAAUAAAUUUUGGAAAUACAGUAAACACACAACUCCACAGAUCCGUGGAGCUUUAUUUGAAGAAGUGGCCACAUUUUGCCAGCGCACACCUGAGCUAAUACAGACUCAAGCUACACGAGCAUGCUCAGCUGUGUUGUUAAACAUUGAUGACACUGACCCUGUGGUCUGCCCAGCUCUGUGGGAAGCAGUUCUUUACAUCCUUACCAACAUUAAGAAAGAUACAGACUUCCUGGUUAAUAUGCUGUACAGCGUUCUUCACUGUUGUGAUAGCAACGAGGAGAAGAGACGCAUUUUGGAUCACAUUUCCAAGAUGGACCUAAAAUGGAGUACCUUGCUUCAAAUCAUACAUAAGGCAUGUGCAGAUGAAGCUAAGUUUGAGGCAACAUCAGAUUGGUUGAAAGGAGAAGUGUUGGGAGAGAAGCUUGUAAAGCUGGCAGAGGACCUUUGUGCCAUUGGGCUAAAUAGGAUCUCCACCUUGGAAUCCUCCCAUUCAGACAGCUGGGCACUUAUCAGCCUAGAGUUGUCUCAGCAUGUUCAGAAGCACUCACUGCUGCAGAAACUGAACAAUGCAUGUUUUGCUGGUAUACAGUCACUGGUUGGACAGAUUGGAACUGAUUUUGGGGAAGGGACCUUCUUGCAUAGUUCUGCACUAUGGGUGAAGAACCAAAUUCUAAAUUCAACUGUGGGUGUAAAAAGCUUGCAGGUACUCAUUUCAUCUGUAUGCAGUUUAGUGGAAAAUCUGAUCAAGACUAAUCCACCCAGCUCUCACAUUAUGGAAAAAUUUGUUGAGUGUUUAACACCUAGUGAUUCAGAAUGGAAGAUGAUGAGACAGGCACUUCCUCCACAGUGGCUGAAGCGACCUCUGUUAAAUGGAAGACUGAGUUUGAAUUGUCAGUACCACUGUAUGGAUGUAUGGAGAUUCCGCUCCUCUGUCAAGAUUCCAAGUCAUCUGUGUGCUGCAGCAUUAUUGGGUCAAGUGAUUUUAAUUAUGUUGGAGUCUGAAAGUAUUAAUGAAGUAGACAAACUCAAUCUUGUUGGAGCUGAAUGCACAGUUGUAGAAGUACUCUACUCGCUGCAGUGGUGUGAAGAAAUUGAAGUUCUUCCAGCUGUGGUGUCAGAAUUUUUUGGGAUGCUUCAAGAAAUGAACAUUACAAAUGAAAGAAUAAGCAAAGAAAGUGGAAAAUUGUUUAAUGUUCUCGAAACCUUGUUUUCCAGGUCUAUGCAGAGUGGGUCAUUGUGGACCCUGACUCUAGCAAAAUAUCCAGAAACAAAAGCAGUCAGUAGUUCUGAUCUAAAGAAGCUUUAUGGAACUAUUGAAAGCUUUUUCCCUUUGACAGAACAAAACCUCUGCACCAUACAAGGUCUCUCACCCUUUUUGUUUAAAGAAGAAAAGGAAUUGUUAAUGAACUACUGUACUGCAGAACUUUUGAAGUGGGAAGACACUGAUAUUACCAGUAUCCAUGGAGGAUAUGGGCACCUUGCUGUUAUUCACUGUUGUUUAAAAAGUGGAGCUACUGGAGAUCAAGAAAUGCUAAUGGAGGUUCUGAGAACAGUCAUGGAAUGGAGAAACCUCAAGGAAGAUGUGUUCCUCUUUAACUUCAAUCUGAAAGAAGCUUCUCCCAGCCUCCUGGUUUUUAAUGUACAAAUUAUUCGGUUCAUUUGCUGGUUGAUCAGACGGUCCCCACCUUUUAUGACCGACAGUCAAUGGGAUUUCAUCUUGUGCUCCAUGUUAGCCUGGCUGGAGAGUGCAAGUGAGAAUACCACCUCUUACUGGAAUCCAUGGGCCCAGGUUUUUGUCUGUCAGACUUGUAACUUAGUUACAGCUUUGAGUGAAUUUUUCACAGGACCUGCACCCGAUUUACUGGAGAAGCUCCCAGUAAACCUGAUGAGCGAAUGGAAAGAGUUCUUUACAGAAGGGGUGCACAGUCUGCUUUUGCCACUCUUUGUAAAAAUCACAGAAGAAUUCUCUGAAACAGACGAUCCCCUUUUCCCUCUUCCUGUGUUGAAGGCAGUAGGUGAUGCACUGACCUACAUUCCUGUUCAGCAAUUGACCCAAAAUAAUCUGCAGCCUAAAUUUGUGGCGGGCCAAAAAACAAAUUUACCUGACAAACUGCAGACGCUGCUGAACACCAUAACACCACUGCUUUUGUUUAAGGCUAGGCAUGUCCAGAUCUCAGUCUACUAUAUUUUACACAAGGUAAUGCCCCAGCUCCCUGAGUUCGAUAAUGAAAAUGACAACACAAAAUCUGAUGAUGAAGAGGAGGAAGAACCAUGUUUGUCCCCCCCUGCAGCACUGAUGGCUAUACUUGGUGCAACAGAGGAAUUACUUGAUGAUAUUCUGGGGAGUGUUCAGGUUGGAGAGUUUGCAGUUGUACAGCCAUUAAGUGAAGAAUAUUGUUGCAUACUAGGAUAUCUACUUACUUGGAAAUUAAUUCUUACUUUCUUCAAGGCGUCCUCAUCUCAUUUAAGGGUCCAGUAUUCACACUACCUCCGGAAAACCAAAUGCCUGCACAAGCUGCUUUUCCAUCUCUUUCGGCUAAUGCCUGACAAUCCAGUGUAUCCUGGACAGACAGCGGAGCCUGGGAGCAAGGAAACCAGAACGUUUUUUACAGAGGACCUUCACCUUUCAGUUCUCAAAACAGAAUAUUUGCCCUCAGAGAUUGCACAUUUGGCUUGUUCCGUGUACUACAUUACAUUGAAGGAUUUACCAGCAAUGGUCCGUCUUUGGUGGAAAGGCCAGGAAAAGCGUGUGUUUAACACUGUUGAUAAAUUUACCAGCAAAUAUGUCAGUAAUGUGCUGUCAUGCCAGGAAAUUUCAUCAGUACAAACAAGCACACAAACUUUUGAGAACAUGACAGUAAAGGCGCGCUCUACAACACGAGAAGUAAUUGCUACGUACUCCGUGGAAGAUAUAUUUAUUGAGCUAGUAGUGCAGCUGCCUCAGAAUUACCCUCUGGGGUCAAUAUCUGUGGAAAGUGGAAGGCGUGUUGGCAUUGCUGUUCAGCAGUGGCGCAACUGGAUGCUUCAGCUUAGUACUUACCUCACCCAUCAGAAUGGUAGUAUUAUGGAAGGCCUGGCAUUGUGGAAGAACAAUGUAGACAAGCGCUUUGAGGGGGUUGAAGACUGCAUGAUCUGUUACUCUGUUAUUCAUGGUUCCAAUUAUUCACUUCCAAAGUUCUCAGAUUUUAUCCUGACUACGGUAAUUUCACAGUGCAGAGCCAGUGGGCUUUCUCUCAACCUCUGGCUCUCACUUGCUCCCAGGGUCUACAGGCCUUUCUCCUUUAUCCUGCAGUUUGCAAGAUGACUCAUGGAUCGCAGGACUAUAUGAACUCGCUUGGUGUCUACAGGAACUGAAGUGAAUACGGCUCCAUUCAUCUGGACUGUUCUUUCGGCUAUCAGCUGGCCUUGACAUCGAGGAUUUGCUCUCUUGGACAUGACUGUUUCUACUUGACUACCUGCGUCUGGUGAUUUUACUGCCCUUCGUGGAAUUGAACUAAGUGACCGAACAUCGAAGUCAACAUUGGGGAUUCACCCUUCCAAAUCAGACUAGCCUUUUUAUUUUACAUUUUUUUAUUUUAAUAGUUUAAAAUAAAAAAAAUGUGUUUUCAGAUUUGAAUUUAUGAACAGCUUCUGUGUGUCCCGGACAUUUGUAUAUACGGUGGGCGAUUUUUGACUUGUAUAGUUCUGUGUGUGUUAGGUAUGGCUGGGGGUGGGGGGGGAGGUUGGGACUCUAUUUAAAGAGAGAUUUUGUUUGCCCAGAGAUAAAUGUACGCAAUUGCUUCAAAAACUUAAUUUGCCAUGCCUCUCAGCAGAUGAGUCAGCUGCUCUUAGCACUCCAUUUUCCUUGGAUGAACUGAAGGAGGCUUUACAUGAUAUGAGCAAAGGUAAAUCCCCAGGGUUUGAUGGUAUUCCACCUGAAUUUUUUCUCUCUUUUUGGAAUCAGUUGGGUCCCCUUCUAUUGGAAAUGAUAUAAACUGCUAUUGAUAAGGAUUAUUUUGACAGAUAUAUUAAUUCAGCUAUUAUAUCCUUAUUACUGAAGAAAGAUAAAGACCCUACUAUAUGUGCGAGCUACCAGCCUCUUUCAUUGAUAAACUCAGAUGUCAGGCUAUAUGCCAAGGUGCAAUCACGCCACCUUGAAUUCCAUAUGACUAAACUUAUUCAUCUCAAUCAAACAGGUUUUAUUAAAACCCACCUAGCCUCCGAUAAUGUUCGCUGCUGUCUUCAUAUCAUCUACAUGGCUAUGGAUAUCGAUACCCCGUGCGCUGUUCUUUCUUUAAAUGCUGAAAAGGCUUCCAAUUGCCUGGAAUGGCAAUGGUGCUCACAGGCAGUAAAUGCUCAUCCCAGUUCACUAUCUCUAGAUGCACUCGUCAAGGCUGUCCGCUCUCCCCUCUAUUAUUUGCUCUGUCGAUUGAACCACUUGUCUAUCACUCAUUCCCCUGUUAUUCUCAAUAACAUGCAGCAUCAUUUUUCACUCUAUGCCGAUGACAUAUUAUUAUUUGUUAAUAAUGUUCCCCAACUGCUUUCUCAGCUAUUAUCUAUUUUAGAAAAUUUUAGUUUAUUGUCAGCAUACAAAAUUAAUGAGUCUAGGUCCAUUCUAAUGCCCCUGAAUACUGCAAUGAGGGACAUAGUUUUGAACAUACCAAUGGUUAACCGUUUGCAGUCCAUUUAUUCAGCGCUUGUUAGGCGCGUCAGGUCCAAUUUAUUUUCACACGUGAUGUUUAGUUUA